UUUUUUUUAAUAAUAUUUGCAGAAUCCCGAAGAGUUGAACCAGAGAGCUCACUCCCUAGCUCUCUCUCCAACAACGCAUCUCUCUCUUCUCAAGAAGAGAUUCUCAGGUGGAUCUACUUCUUUCAGAUCCAGGUGCCUAAAUGGAAGAGAUACAGUCUCAAUCAGAUCUCUACCGUUCAUCUUCAUCUUCUGCAAGUAGUCCUACUAAUAGAGUCCCAUCUAGCCACUUCUUCUACGUAAGAAAACCUGGCUCUCUCACACAACCUAUAUCCUUUGAAGACUCUCCUGAGUGGGAAGACUCUCCUGCUGAUGUAAGAAUGGAUGAAGAAGCUAAUAUUGGUGGUGGUGGAGACUCUAUUAACGAUGCCACAGCUACUCCCAUUUCUCCUUCUUUGUCGAAAAUCAACAGCGGUUCGAUGACUUCUCCUCCAGUGCCUGAAGGAGGAGCGGGAAAUGUGGUUAGGAAAAUCGCAGGUGCUUCCAUUGCUUGGAAAGAUUUGACUGUUACUAUGAAAGGGAAGAGAAGAUAUUCUGAUAAAGUGCUGAAGAGCUCCAAUGGCUAUGCGCUUCCCGGUACUAUGACAGUUAUUAUGGGUCCUGCCAAGUCCGGGAAGUCUACUCUAUUGAGAGCACUUGCUGGAAGAUUGACUCCUUCAGCUAAAAUGUACGGAGAUGUGUUUGUGAAUGGUUCAAAAUCUCAUAUGCCUUACGGAUCCUAUGGAUAUGCUGAGAGGAAAACACAACUGAUUGGAUCUCUUACAGUUCGUGAGUUUCUAUACUACUCAUCACUUCUUCAGCUUCCAGGUUUCCUCUGUCAGAAAAGAAGCGUUGUGGAAGAUGCGAUUCAGGCCAUGUCUCUGAGUGAUUACGCAAACAAAUUGAUUGGUGGUGGUCACUGUUACAUGAAGGGUCUCCGGAGCGGCGAAAGAAGACGUGUCUCUAUUGCUCGUGAGCUCGUGAUGCGACCUCAUAUCUUGUUCAUCGACGAGCCUCUUUAUCAUCUUGACAGUGUUUCGACUCUGCUUAUGAUGGUGACACUCAAAAAGCUUGCGAGCAUAGGAUGCACACUUGUGUUCACGAUUUAUCAGAGCAGUACAGAAGUGUUUGGUUUGUUUGAUAGAAUCUGCCUUUUAUCAAAUGGCAACACACUCUUCUUUGGGGAGACACUAGCUUGCUUACAGCACUUUUCAAAUGCUGGAUUCCCAUGCCCGAUUAUGCAAAGUCCUUCAGAUCAUUUUUUGAGGGCUAUAAACACAGAUUUCGAUAGGAUUAUCGCAAUGUGCAAGAACUGGCAGGACGAUAAUGGUGACUUUUCAGCAGUAAAUAUGGAUACUGCUGUUGCUAUUCGUACCCUCGAGGCUACCUAUAAAUCAUCUGCAGAUGCUGCUUCUGUUGAGACUAUGAUCUUCAAACUCACCGAAAGGGAGGGAUCACAGCUUAAAUCCAAGGGAAAAGCUGGUGCUGCUACACGUGUUGCAGUGCUCACUUGGAAAUCGCUUUUAGUCAUGUCUAGAGAAUGGAAAUACUAUUGGCUCCGUCUUAUUCUCUACCUGAUUCUUACACUUUUUAUUGGAACAUUAUAUUCUGGCUUGGGGCAUUCUUUGUCUUCUGUUGCAACAAGAGUUGCUGCUGUGUUUGUUUUUGUCUCCUUUGCCUCACUAUUAGGGAUUGCUGGAAUACCAUCGCUCUUAAAAGAAAUCAAGAUAUAUAGAAGUGAAGCAUCGAACCAGCAUUCGGGUGCUUCUGUCUUCAUACUAGGGCAGUUUCUUGGAAGCAUACCGUUCUUGUUUCUCAUCUCCAUCUCCUCAAGUCUUGUCUUCUACUUUAUGGUCGGAUUAAGAGACGAUUUCGGUUUGCUGAUGUACUUUGUGCUCAACUUCUUCAUGUGCCUGUUGGUUAACGAAGGAUUGAUGCUCUCCAUCGCUUGCGUUUGGCGAGAUGUUUACUGGAGCACUUUGACUCUCAUCUCUGUGCACGUGAUCAUGAUGCUCGCUGCAGGUCACUUCAGAAUCCGUAACGCUUUGCCAAAGCCCUUAUGGACUUACCCGUUUGCUUACAUCUCGUUCCACACUUACUCCAUUCAGGGUCUUUUGGAGAACGAGUACAUUGGGGAAGUGUUUGCUGUUGGAGAAGUGAGGAGUAUAUCAGGUUACGAGGCGAUAGGAGGAUAUUACCAGAUAGCUGCAGACGCGAACUCUAAAUGGAGGAACAUGCUUGUGUUGUUGGCUAUGGCUUUUGGCUACCGUCUUAUUGUUUAUGUUUUACUGCGUUUUGGCCUAAACAAGAAUGUGUCUGGUCGUUUACUGCUUUGUCAUAGGAAGAAUAACAGUUAGUUAUAGGUAAGAUGGUUGAUGAUUUUAGAUAAUAUUUUAGUCUUUUUUGGUAGUUUAAAAAAAAAUCUGUUAAAAGUUUUGGUUUGAAUGUUUUUUUACAUUGAUCGUAUUUGACAAAAUAAUGUAUCAUUAGGAUAAAAA